AUAGUGAUUGGUCUUUCCUUUCGAAGUUUCGGAGAGUUGAAGUGGCCUUAGGACAGAAAAUACAGUAUGAUGCGAUUUAUUGUAGCAGUUUUGGCACUUUUUGUAGGUGUUUGUGCGGCUGAAACGUGCACAGACCCGGUCAUCUCUCCGUCCUCGUACACAACGACAGACGCUCUCAUCUCCUCAGAGACUGUCUUCAUCGUAGAGCUGAGUCUCGCGUGCGCCAAUGGAGCACAGAGUGUCGCUCUCUAUGCUGAUGUCAAUGGUAAACAGUUUCCUGUGACAAGAGGUCAGGAUGUUGGCAAAUACCAGGUCUCCUGGAGUAUGCCCCACAAACAGGCCAGCUCAGGCACAUACCAGGUGAAGUUCUUCGAUGAAGAGUCCUACAGUGCCCUUCGUAAGGCUCAAAGGAAUAGUGAAGAUGUGAAUUCUAUUAAGCCUCUGUUUGUUGUCAAUGUGGAUCACAGAGGUGCAUGGAAUGGUCCCUGGGUGUCCUCUGAGGUUUUGGCUGCUCUUAUUGGCAUCGUGGUUUAUUAUUUGGCCUUCAGCACAAAAAGUGCCAUCCAGGCAUAAAGUCACCACCACUACCACUCUAGCAAGAGGAUCUGUCAAAAGUCCACAAAGCAUUAUGCACACUACUUCAUGCAAUAGUUUGAUAUACCUUCAGAUACAUAUCCUUACAUGUGGCGCAUGUGGCCAUGUGAAUGCAUAGGCAGGCACAUCAUAGCGCAAAUAUGUUUUUUCAGACUAAAGGAUCAUCUGGGAGUAGAGUCAUAUUUAUAUUAUAAAUGAUGGCUGACAAGGGUUUACCAUUUCUUCAUCCCUGUGAACUUGCAGUCUAAAACAUAUGUUUAUGCCUUCAAUGGGGAGAAACGUCAUUAAUAUUUGUCGUAGUGUGAUACAUCAAUGUUAAAUUUGUACAUUAAAAUAGACAAAUGAAAUGUUUGGAGCACUGACAGACUGUGUUAAACCGUUUGUGAAACUGUGGAUUCUCGGGACGUCACAGUGUAAAUGACAUUCAUUGAAUAACGAAUAAAAUGGUUUAAUGAAACUGUUAA